AUGAGGCUCCACCUUCUCCUGCUUGCGUUCCUCCUCAUGUUCCUGAUGCCUGUCCCAGGCUUUGCUCGGCUUGCUGGUCGUAGUUGCAACGAGAAAGGUGGAAUCUGCAUGGCAUUUCGUUGCUCUCGAGGUAGACGACAAAUAGGUGGCUGCCGCUUCCCAGGAAUCAAAUGCUGUAGCGUAUAG